AGAUUACUUGUAUUUGCAAACAUUUUUCUUGUAAAACAAAGGGGGCGCAGCAGAAAAAGUUUGGGAACCAGUGCUGUAACUAUGAGACAGAUGGCUGACACACGAACCUGUGGGAAGUAACAUGUUUGUAGAAAUGUGAAAAUGUUCAUGCCAUAAUCCCUCCCAUGUUUCCGUGUGGCACUGUGGAGUAAUGCACAAUUCUUCCAAACACGGACAAAAUAUGUAGAGGGAGAUUUGUUACAAGGUGUGUUGUAAUCCCAGAACAGUGAAGAUUACAUAACAGAAGAGCUUCACAGCUCGUCAGGCAGCAAGUGGACACUGAAGAGUGUGUGCGCCUUAUCAGAAGGAAAACUGUUCUCUGCACCUGAGAUAAAGGAUCGUAUAAAAGAAGAGCGAGCGCUCCCUGAGGUCUCCGACUUCUUAGACAUUUGAACCUAGACAGGAGACGUGUGAGAAUGGCAGGAGAGGACAAAAGGAGAGAUGAACGAACUGCUGGAGGAUCAGAAGGAAAGCAAAACAGGAUGGAGCCCGAGGCUGACGACCAGCGAGUGGAGCGAGGCCCAAAGAAGCGUGGCGUGCUGCCCAAACGACUGCUGAUAAUGUCGUCUGUGGCUGUUGUGCUCAUCGUGCUGCUGACUGUCAUCGUUGUACCUGUUGUGCUGCUCACUAAGACGCCAGCUCCGUCUUCUGCCUCGUUCUCUGGUGGAGACAUGCUGGAGUACUUGGUGCAGACGGGGAACAUCAGUGAAGCGGACGGCCUUUUGGCUACGUGGUUUCACCGAGCCAACAGCAAGGAGGACAUGUACAAAGCGCUCAUGGGUGACACCAUGAUCUUGGAAGCUGACGUCACUCUCAUGGGUUAUGGGACCCCUGAUGAAAAGCCAGUGCCGAUCAUGGCACACCCUCCCGACAUAUAUAGUGACAACACUCUCGACGAAUGGUUAGAUGCUGUACUGGCUUCUGGAAAAGGCAUCAAGUUGGACUUUAAGGCUCUGGAAUCAGUGGGUUUGUCACUGGACCUGCUUAAACAAAAGGAAAGCAACAAGGGAAUAAACAGACCUGUGUGGCUGAAUGCAGACAUCCUCAGAGGCCCCAACGUCCCAAGCUUUGUAGCUCCAGUCAAUGGAAGCAGGUUUUUGGAACUCAUUCAGGACAAGUUUCCAGAUGUGACUUUGUCUCCUGGGUGGAAGGUCCUCUAUAUUCACCAGCUCACAAACGAAACCUACUCCAGAGCCACGGUGGAAGAAAUGUACAACAUGAUCAAAGACGUACCUCAAAGGGUGACGUUCCCAGUCCACGCCAUGCUGGUUCGCAGCGGCUGGCAGCACCUGAGCUGGCUCCUCAACCAGUCACCACGGUUCAGCCUGACUUUGUGGCAGGGCUCUGUUAACCCCAGCGUCAGCGACCUGCUGUUUGUCCGUGACAACACCCACCCGUGGCAAGUCUACUAUGACAUAUAUGAACCCACGCUGUCAGAAUUUAAGCAGGCUGUAGGUAAGCAGGACAGCGUGAGGAGGUUCUAUCCUGGAGGAGAUCUGAUGGAGUUUCUCCACCCAGGUUACAGCUCAGACCUCAUGAACCGCCUGGCUGUGCCUUUGCUCCCCGUCACCGGCCGGGCCUCCCUGCUCCGUCAGCUUUCAGGUGGGGGCAGCGGGAUGCUGGUCGUUCGUGUGACCUCUGACAGCAGUCGACCUGGAGUCCUUCUGGUAGAAGGUUCUGGAAGGAGCUCAGAGCUCCUCACACUGCAGGAUGUUAUUCAGACCCUUGGGCAGGCUGCUGAUACCUCCUGGGGAAUUUACCUGAGGGUCCAGAGUCAGCAGCUGCUGGAGGCUUCUCUUAACCUGCUGCAGUCAGCCUACGGGGCCGACGAGCUCCACAGGCCUGUGUGGAUCAGCAUGGAGGGCUUACAGAGCAGCGACAGCACAGCAGUCUUUGUGUCCACAGUCGAGCGCCUGUUUCCAUACGUCACUGUAGUCCUGGCUGAGCACAGAUGGCCUCCUCGGAUCCCAGCGGCGGUGUCACAGAGGGUGGCUCUACACCUGAAUGCAGCCUCGCUGCCCACGGGGCAGGAGCAGCUUUAUGCUUUACUGGGAAUGAUGGACAAAUACGACUUUAUAAUUGAGGUGGACACAAAGAAAGGUGGUGCAGCUGUCACUGUGGUGAAGGAGCUCCGUGCACAGCGUGCAGGCAGAGCAAGCAGAAGCCUGUAUAUUCUACCUCAGUGAUCAGAGCACGUGUGGGCUGAGAGCAGGUUUAAAUGUGCUUUUAUAGUCACCACAGAGUCUCAGUGUGUAUAGAAAUGCUGCUGCUUUGGGUUGCUGAAGUUAACAUCAUUAUACUGUAUAUAUAUGAUUCAAUGAUUAUUAUAAAAUUCAUAAUAAAUUCUAUUAAAGGAACCAAGUCCAAAACCAGAA